AUGUCAUCACCUAAGUUCCUCACUCGCUUCGAGGGCACCACGGUCACCCUCAGCCCCCCCAAGCCCCUCAACCCGUCACCAGAAUUGCCGUUGCAUGUUAGCCCUGAGAGAUGCCAGAUGAACGAGCGCGCUAAGAUCGUAAACCAGCAAGAUGCUAGCAGCCCAAAUACACUCGCGUUUAUGCGAGUGUAUAAGCAGGUACCUAUUGCUGGCACCGAGUUUGAGAAGGCUCCAAUCAGGGCCGCACAGGCCGUCAACUCGUAUGAGCCUACAGAGCUAACUGCUCUUAGAUCCCUCGAAGAGAAAGGCUGCGAAGUUAUCCCUCGGCUCCUUGGAUAUCGGUCUGACCAACAAGACCAGGACGAUAUCGUCCCUGGGGGGUUUAUCACGUAUGUGAUAUGGGCAAAGGUACCAGGCGAGUCACUCAACAUACAAGAGUUCUGGAGUUGCAUGUUCUCUCAGCGAGAGGAGAUUCGACUCAAGUUCCGCAAGGUCUACGAGUAUAUUAUCCGGGCACCUUAA